AUGGCUCCAUCCAUCAAACGAGGAAAGAUCAAAACUCAAGUGUACAACGAGGUUUCCGAUGUUGUCGUUUCAAUCGCCAUCAAAACAGUGGAAACCCUUGGUUUCAUCAGGAACAACCCUAUCACCACCACUGAUAACAACGACACCGCCGGCGGCGAUGGAGACGCCGGCGGAGCUGAAUCUCCUCCUCCUCCAAACAACACCGGAAAAUUUGAUUUAAUUAGGCUACUUGGUGUGGCUUCGGGAACGGAUUCGGUAUUCUCGGCGAAUAUCAUGCCGAGGUCUCGGCAUGUCGAGCUCGGCUCGCCAUUCGACUACUUUUUGGAGGAGAGUCAUCGACAUAUGCAACUGCCAAUCCUUAAACCUCGAAGAAAAGAUAUACUCUACACAAAAUUUAGAAACGCACAUGCACUCGCAACUCAGUUUACCAUUAUGUUUCGUAGGGUGGUGCAUGAAGCCAAACAUGGUGAAAACAAAAAUAGUUUAAUAAAGAAUGCUCUUGAGGCUUACCGUAUCGAAAUUGUCAAAGAUUUUAGUCUUGUUGAAUUUUAG